UACCUCCCACUUCAUACAAUGUAUGAGCAGAAGUGUGUUGGUGUUCACUCACCAGCCCCAGGUCUUCAACACUGACUAUACAGGCAGGAGGGAAAAAAAAGAAAACCCGUUGCAAUCUAUUUUCUGCAUAUUUACAUAUUUCUAAACAGUCAUCCCUGCCCACAGAGAGCAGAGGGGUUGUCCCUGCUUUGUUUUGGAUUUUAAAGAAGAGGUGAAGACGAAACCUGCACUUGUUUUUUUUUUUUAUCAGAGUCAGAUGAGGAAAGAAGUGAGUGAUGAAAAGAGAUACAGGGCAGAAGUGACAACACUGACGCAGGACAGCAACAGGAAGUACAUGUGAAACUUAAAAGGCUACGGGACCUCACACGGCAACAGAAACGGGGCAAGGAUGAGUCAAACUUCAAUCGAGCUUCAGCCUCAGCAAUCGGACCACUCAAAGUCACAUCCAGAACCCGAGAGCCGGCUUCAGCCUCCAUCCCAGCUGCUGCUGGCAGAACCGCCUCACAAUCCCCACCAGAUCCAGGUCCAGCACCAGAACCCACUGCAGCCAGGGCAACAGCAGCGGUUAACCACAGAGCGCCGAGAAGAGACGCCGUGGGUAACAUACCACAGACUGUUUGGUCUUCUACUGGGAAUUUUCAUGGGCACUGCAAUUCUGGGACUGGUCUACUACAUUCACCACAGUCUGCACACGGGGAGCAGAAACAAUGCAGGGCAUGUAAUCCCGUGCGUUUCUUCGGCCUGUCAGUGGGCGGCUUCGCGUCUGUCCACGUCCGCUGACCCCUUCACGCAGCCCUGUGAGUACUUCGUGUCCACGUGUGGCUCCAAACGACACUCCGUGAACAGAGGAGGGAGACAAAGAAGUCAAGGUAUAGCGCUUCCUUCGCCCAGCCUGAUGGAUGGGUCGGGGGAAGCGAAGAGGCAAAAUAAAAGAGAACUAAGAAGACUGACGGAAGACGCAAAUCUGAGCCGACAAAGUGUGCUGCUGCAAUAUCUGAGGGGGAUUUUAGAGACCAACAACAGUUCAGACAGCUCGGCUGUUAAGAAGACUAAAGACUUCUACCGCUCCUGCUUAGACACCAGAUCUUUAGAGGCUGCCGGAGCAGAGCCCUUCCUCAGUCUCAUCCAGAAGUUGGGAGGCUGGGCGGUGUCCGGGGAGUGGAAUAAGACCGAUUUCAACUACACCCUGGGCUUGCUAAUGAGAGAAUAUGGGACGUUUCCAUUCUUCAACCUCUAUGUAGGCAAAGACCCAAACGAGGCUGCCAGCAAGAGGACCAAGAGAUACAUUCAGAUCGAUCAGCCAGAUCUUUUGAUCCCAAUUGAGUGGAACAACGAAACGCAGAAGUCCAGAGCCAAAACUGAGACUCUACGGCCCUUCCUCGCAUCGUGCCAGAGCUACCUGGAUUUCCUGGGGUCACCGCCGUCCAUGAGCAUGCUCCAUGUUGGCACGUUCAUCUCUCUGUCCUCAGAGCUGGCUGUGGCCGCUUCGCCUGUGCAGUACCGCCUGUUGAAAGGACAGCUCUACCAGCGAAUGACCAUAAAAGAGCUACAGAGCCAGGCCCCUGCUAUUGACUGGCUGGGCUGUCUGCAGGCUGCUUUCCAUCCAAUGUCCCUCACUGAAGAUGAUCAUGUCCUCCUACAUAACCUACCUUACAUUAUUAAAAUGUCCCACAUCAUCAAUAAAUGGUUGUACAAGCCUGUGAUGAGCAACAGCGGCACUCUUCACACGUACAUGGUCCUGAAUCUGCUUCACACCCUGAUGCCCGCCAUGGAUUCCAGAUUUUCCGAAACGGCAAAGAAUUUGUCUUUGGCACUGGGAAACAUUGAGGAGGAAGUCCCUCGCUGGAAACACUGUGUACUGGAGAUCGAAAGAGGAUUUGACUCAGUUCUCACGCAUCUUCUCAGCGAGAGGACGGCGCGUCGAGAGACAGAAGAAAUUAUUGAAAGCGUCUUUUUUUCCUUCAUAUCCAAAAUAACGACGCUCAGGUGGAAAGACCACGAGUCUUUUCAGCGUUUCAUCGACAAGGUUUACUCAUCACCUCCGAGGCUAUGGUCUUCAGAGGAGAUUUCCAGUGAAGAUGAUCUUGAUCUAUUAUUUUCUGAGGUGACAGUCAGCUCCCGUGGCUUCUUCCCCAACUACCUUCAGCUACUAUCCCUGUGGCAGAAGAGACGCAGUAAACUCCUGGCUGCGCAGACCGAGGUCGCCGACACUCUGUCUGUCGCGCCUUCUCUAGUGACUAACGGGCUUCUCUUUCCGAUGGGAAUGUUCAUCCCCCCUCUUUUCCAUCCCACCUAUCCAAAGGCCAUGAAUUAUGGUGCUGUGGGUUUCCUCGUUGCCAAGGAUAUCUUUCAUCUAUUUCUCUCUGAGAUUUACUCUCACAACGAGACGAUGCAUGCUGUGGGGGACUGUGUGUGGGCUCAUUACCUCAACGCAACGGAAAACGGAGGAAGAGUUGGAGCAUCCUGGCUCACUUCAGAGCAGCAGCAAGAACUGUGGCUGCAGUAUUCUGCGCUGCAGGUGGCGCUCCAGGCCUAUCACCACAGUCUAAGCCAGAAUCCUGUGGACACCUCUGUUUCAGGGUUGCAUCACAAUCAGCUCUUUUUUAGAUCUUUCUCUCAGGUCAGCUGUGACAUCGACCCAUACAGUGAAUCCAUGCCUUUGGACCCCUCCUUCCUGAUUCCAGUCUUUUGUGCACAGCCUGAUCUGUGUCCAGCAAACCCGCAGUGCUCAGUUGAAGCCCAGCAGAGCCAAACACGGACAUGCUUACCACAGCCUCUAACCAUAAGCUAGACAACGUGCUGGGUCCAGGGAUGUUCACAUCACACUGGUGAUUUAUAUUAGCUCUGGUUGUUGUUCUAAUUCAAUGCAAAUUGCAUUACUUGCACAAGUUGUUUAAGAUUGGUUGAAAUUAUUUUUUUAUCCUUAUUAUUUAUAUUCAGCGGUGUAAGUUUUAACAAAGGAAGUAUAAGCUAACUGUUUAAUGUAAACUGUCUUCUGUAAAUUAUAUCAGCCUCAAAAAAAGAAUUUGUUCAUUGCAUUUUAUCCAGACCCAUAAACGACACGGACUGUGACAUCGUUUUACUUCUUUGGGCCUCUAACACAAUUAAAUGUCUCACUGUUAAGGCUGAUAAAGGGGGAUUAUUUGCAGAGAUUUACAAGCAACAAGAGUUUUGUCACACCACAAAGCACGUUCGCUCUAAUAAAUAAAAAUGGACUCUGGGCA